AUGUACAUAGGAAAAUACAGUUUGUAUAGGCUUGAAAGGCAGUUUAGGUAUACUUAUCUGCUUAUUAGAAAUUUGUUUGUAUACAGAAUACAUAAGAAAUCAGUGGUAUCAACGCUUUUAGACAUAUUUUAUAAUAUUCUAGUGGCAAUUAGUAUACUUACAGCCAUGGAGUCUCUUAUAUUUUUCUUCUUUGGAUCUUUGCCCAUCUACUCAUUUUCAGAGGUGUAUUACAGAAUGCGGCCAAACGCAUUCCAUGCAUUUGAUAAGAGUGUUAAACAAACCUUGUUUUUUACAACUGUCUUAUUCUGCGUAUUAUUUGAGAUUUUUGUGCAGUUUUCUGUCUUUUACAGGCUGGUGCUAGGAUACUUUGCUGCUGUUUCUGAUGGAUCGGUUUUAAAUUACAUUGGAGGCGCGUUAUUUUAUUCCAUAUUAAUAGGAUCCAGUUUUUUAUUACAUGACAUAAUUAUGUCUUAUAUGGCAGACGCACUAGAUUUAAUAAAAAUCAAAACACUCACAGGAAAGAUAGUUAUUGGGUGCAUUAUUACUGGUUUAGUACUCCUUAUGGACAGAGAGUGUAGGCUCGUCUAUAAAACAAUGCAAAAACGAAAAAAAAGAACUUUCUCUCUCCUGUUCUAUAUGGUGACACUUAUUAUAUGCAUUAUUAUGAUGCUUAUUUGGUUCGGCAUCGACUUGGGAAUUCCUAUGUUCAGUUAUAUGCUAAGAAAUAUUAAAAGCGAAGUAAAAAACGUUCUUAGCUAGAGAUUCUAAACAUUUCCAUAUUUAUAAUUUUAACGGCCGUUAAUGCUUAUUUACACACACAUAUGAAAAUAUUCUAAGGGAUAUAAACCCAUUUUAAAUAAAU